AAAGGUCAAUGCAAGGUUCACCUCUCUUUCGUACCCCAAAAUCUGAGUCUAUUCUUGGAAUUUUCUCAUUACGAGGAGCUGCUAGCUCCAUCACCAAUCUUUUGUAAAACUCACAGCACAACCACAUCACACCAUGACUCACCAUUUCAGGUCCAAAACAAUCAAAGCUAAGCAAAACACCUCCCAUGCAAAAAUUCAGAGAAUUCCAAUCUCUCCGAACAGCGGCACAUUUCUUCUGGGAGGUGUCAACUUUUUGUUUAAUCAUAAAAAUGACUGCUGUUCGCCGUCUCCCUUCUCAACUCCUUUCUCUCUUCCUGAUUCUGUUUCUGUCACCUGUUUCUACUUCCCUAAAAGAUGAUGAAGCUCUUUUUGGUUUCAAAGAUUCAUUAAGAAACACUGCAGCUAUAGAUUCUUCAUGGAUAAAAGGCACAUCACCCUGUGCCGCGGGUAAGACAUGGAAAGGCGUUGUAUGUCAUGAAGAAACCGUCCAAACCAUCAGACUCCAGGGUAUUGGUCUCUCUGGAGAUAUUGAUGUUGAAUAUUUAUCUAAGCUCGAGAACCUUAGAAGCCUCACACUCGCCUAUAAUAAUUUCUCAGGCCCAAUACCACCUUUCAACAAGCUAGGUGGUUUGAGGGCUCUCUUUAUUCAAGGCAAUCAAUUUUCAGGUGAAAUUCCAUCAGAUUUCUUUUCACAAAUGGGGUCCUUAAGGAAAGUUUGGCUUGCAGAAAACAAGUUUUCAGGAAAUAUCCCGGCAUCAUUAGGCCAAUUACAGAAUCUCGCUGAGCUCAACUUGGAAAGGAAUGAAUUUUCAGGUCCUGUUCCAUUAAUAGACCAGAAUUCUCUAUCAAACCUUAGUUUAGCAAAUAAUAAAUUAGAGGGUGAAAUCCCUCAAGGCAUGUCAAGAUUCGGUGCAAAGUCUUUUGAGGGAAAUCCUGGGGUUUGUGGGACUGUUUUGCAAAAGGACUGCAGCCAAACCCCACCGGAUGAAAUGUCUCCAAGUGGUACUGACGAUGAUUCUGAAGGAUCAGGCACAAAAUGGGUGAUUUUGGGGGUUGUGGUCGCCCUCCUGUUGAUGACUAUUUUUUUCAAGGCCAAGCAGAAGGAGGAUCACUUCGAUGUGCUGGCGAAAGAAAAUAUUGAUGACAUAGUGGAAGUGCGCGUUCCCAGUUCAAACAGGAGGAGCACAAGCUCCAGAAGGGGAAAUGAUUCAUUCCACUCGAGGAAAAGCUCCCAUCAUGGGAAGUCUGUUGGUGAUCUUGUGGUGGUUAAUGAUGCAAAAGGUACAUUUGGUUUGCAAGACUUGAUGAAGGCAGCUGCAGAGGUACUUGGAAAUGGGGGAUUAGGGUCAGCCUACAAGGCGUUAAUGGGAAAUGGGGUGUCUGUCGUGGUAAAGAGGAUGAGAGAGAUGAACAAGUUGAGCAAGGAUGCCUUUGAUUCUGAGAUCAGACGGCUUGGCAACUUGAGGCACCAGAAUAUUUUACCACCAUUGGCCUACCAUUACAGAAAGGAUGAGAAGCUUUUGGUGUCUGAAUUCAUUCCCAAAGGCAGCUUAUUGUAUCUCUUGCAUGGUGAUCGCGGCACUUCUCAUGCUGAACUGAAUUGGCCUAUUCGCUUGAAAAUCAUCCAGGGAGUUGCGCAAGGAUUGGGAUUUCUCCAUUCUGAAUUUGCCUCCUACGAGCUGCCUCACGGGAACCUCAAGUCUUCCAACAUUCUGCUUUCUUCGAGUUAUGAACCACUCCUCACAGACUACGCUUUCUUUCCACUAAUUAGCAACACGCAGACUGCACAAUCGUUGUUCGCGUAUAAAUCUCCAGAAGCCAUACUAUACCAGCAACUGACACCUAAAAGUGACGUCUACUGUCUUGGAAUAAUCAUUCUAGAAAUUCUAACAGGGAAGUUUCCUUCCCAAUAUCUGAACAAUCAAAAGGGUGGAACAGACCUUGUACAAUGGGUCAACUCAGCUAUUGCUGAGUCCAGAGAAGUAGAGUUGAUUGAUCCAGAGAUAGCCAAUGCAACAGGUUCCCUUGCAGAGAUGGAAAAGCUUCUCCAUCUUGGGGCUGCUUGUACUGAAAGUGAACCCGAUAAGCGAAUCGACCUGAGGGAAGCUAUAAGGAGGAUAGAACAAAUACAAGUUUGAUUGACGCAGUGAACAAAUUUUCAGGAUGGUAGAUUAGAUUAUCCAGAGGCUUUGUAGGAAGAUAUGGUUAGAGGGAAGGUGCCAAUCACCAAACGGUGAAAUGCUUUCAGUUCUUAUGCUGGUGUUUGUUUGAGCUGCCCAAGCAACAAAAGAAAUGCUUGAGAGCUUUGUAAAAGAAAGCUGCCAGGGAAUGUGAUGAGCUCUUGUCUGAUGGCUUUUUAUGUGGAGAUGCUGGUUCUGUGCAUCUUGAAAAGAAUGUGGCAUCCUUUGUAGAGUUUUUAGUAACAAACAGAGGGAGUUUGAUCCCAACUUAUAUGCGUUUUCAACCCACUUUUUUGCUUUUUGUACAGUACUCCUUUUUUGCAACUUGAACAUGAUUAACAGUACUCCAUUUCUCUUCGACUCACGUCCUUGGCUUCAUCUUUUGCAGUUUCCUGGAUUACAGCUCAUUUUUCAAAACUAUAAUCUUGAAGCAAAACCAUAAUUCUCUGCCCUAUUCUCAGUGAAUAGUAUAAUCAUCACAAUUUUUCUGGGGAGAAAAAUGCAAUGUAUAUGCUCUCACCAGUCACCAGCAAACCAAGAAAGCAGGGAAAAAAAAUUAAAGAAAAUCCUCACUGGCUAGUGGCGGAAACACAAAAUAGA